UCCAGGCGGCGGUGGAGAUGGCAACCUCGCUGGGAACGCGCUGGGGAGCCUGAGCCCGCAGCCGGAGACGCACUGCUCCUUGUGCUCCAUCGCCCGCCACACCGCCGCGCAGACCCUCCAUCUUCCAUUUCAGCUCCGGGCCAGGCUCGACCCUGCCCCGGGGUGGGGUAGGGGGCCAGCUCCCGUUUCUCUCGGGGCUCCAGGUCGUUCUCCACCCCCGGGCCCUCUGCGACUCAAUUGCCUGGGUUCCCCCUCCCCCGCCACACACACUCACACGCGCCCGCGAGCACACACGCACGCACACAACACACUCACACGCCAGCAGGCUGCUGGCCGCUCAAUGGACCGAUUUCCCCGGUUUCCCUGAACCCAGCCUAGCCCGGGAUGAGAAAUUGCAAAAUGGCCCGAGUCGCCAGUGUGCUAGGGCUAGUCAUGCUCAGCGUGGCCCUGCUGAUUUUAUCGCUUAUCAGCUACGUGUCUCUGAAAAAGGAAAACAUCUUCACCACUCCCAAGUACGCCAGCCCGGGGGCGCCCCGAAUGUACAUGUUCCACGCGGGAUUCCGGUCGCAGUUUGCACUGAAGUUUCUAGACCAGUCAUUUGUGCCCAUUACGAAUUCUCUCACCCAUGAACUCCAAGAGAAACCUUCUAAAUGGACAUUUAAUCGGACAGCGUUUUUACAUCAAAGGCAAGAAAUUCUUCAGCAUGUCGAUGUAAUAAAAAAUUUUUCUUUGACCAAGAAUAGUGUUCGGAUUGGACAACUGAUGCAUUAUGAUUAUUCCAGCCAUAAAUAUGUCUUCUCUAUUAGCAAUAACUUCCGGUCCCUGCUCCCAGAUGUGUCACCCAUUAUGAAUAAGCGUUAUAAUAUUUGUGCUGUGGUUGGAAACAGUGGAAUCUUGACAGGGAGUCAGUGUGGCCAAGAAAUAGAUAAAUCAGAUUUUGUUUUUCGAUGCAAUUUUGCCCCGACAGAGGCUUUCCACAAAGAUGUUGGAAGGAAAACCAACCUUACAACCUUCAAUCCGAGCAUCUUAGAAAAAUAUUACAACAAUCUUUUAACCAUUCAGGACCGCAACAACUUCUUCCUCAGUUUAAAAAAGCUUGACGGGGCCAUACUUUGGAUCCCUGCAUUUUUCUUCCACACUUCUGCAACUGUAACGAGAACGUUAGUGGAUUUUUUUGUUGAGCACAGAGGUCAGUUAAAGGUCCAGUUGGCUUGGCCUGGAAAUAUCAUGCAACAUGUCAACAGGUACUGGAAAAACAAACACCUGUCACCCAAACGACUGAGCACAGGCAUCCUAAUGUACACUCUUGCAUCUGCAAUAUGCGAAGAGAUCCACUUGUACGGGUUCUGGCCUUUUGGAUUUGACCCCAACACCAGGGAGGAUCUGCCCUACCACUACUAUGACAAAAAAGGAACCAAAUUUACCACCAAGUGGCAGGAGUCUCACCAGCUGCCUGCUGAGUUUCAGCUGCUCUAUCGAAUGCAUGGGGAAGGGCUCACGAAGCUCACUCUGUCGCACUGUGCCUAAGAACUCCAGAUGGAAAGUGCCAAAUGGCUGUUGAAAAAGUGCCCCCCCAACCCCAAACCAAAUUGAAUAGUCUCCAGAGCAGAACCCAUAGACAAUCUGGCAAAGCCUGUCUGCCACGUACAAGGAAAGACGUCUUCUCUUCCUCUUUUGCACUGCUCUCUGAAGGGUCUUAACAAACUUAGGACAGGUGCGUUGGAGCCGUGUGAUCUAGACUUGACUGGAAAAGGUUUUAUUGCAUUCGGAAGUAUGCUGCACAGAGAAUAGCUCGAAAUCGUUCUAAGUUUGUAUUUUAAUAAUAAACUGCCUCCCGUGGGAAUGAGGGACGUGACUGUCAUCUUCUCAGCUCUACUUUGAUACAGUCCUCAGAACCAGAGAGCUCUGGCCAGCUCCAGCAGGAUCUCUCUUUAGUCAGGGGGAUCAGAAUCUUCAAAAA